AUGGUACUAGUAAACACUAGAACUGAAACUUGAAAGUAUCGGACUAACGACUGAGUGAGGAUAGUAAGGUAAGGGGUUAAGGUGGAAGAAGGGAUGGAACUUCGAACCCUUUGUUGUGGUCUUACCUCUCAGCCUCUCCAAUUCUCUAAUCAUCAUCGUCGUUUAACCUCAUCACAAGCGCUUCGAACCCGCGCCCCAUUCGGAUUUCGGUUUGCAGACACAUCCAAAUGUUUGAAAUGGGUGAGUAAAGGGCCUCCAUAUUUGGAAUUGGAUAGAUUCCAAAGGCCUCUUCUAAUGCACGCUUCUGAUUCAAAUGUAAAUGGUGGGUUGGAGGUUCGCCCAAACCGAAAUUCUAGUGUAGCGGUUACUAGUUAUAAUGGGAUAGAACCAUUUCGAGGUAAACCAGGCUCUGUUUCGUUCUACGGUAUUACAUUCCAGUCUGUUGAAGAAGGGAAGUUGGAAUCUGCACCCUUUGAAAAAGAGGAAAGCUCAUACUUCUGGCUUUUAGCUCCUGUUGUGCUCAUAUCCUCUUUGAUUUUGCCACAGUUCUUUAUUGGAAAUGUAGUUGAAACUUUCUUUAACGAUGUGAUCCUAGUAGAUGUUAUGAGUUCAUUCUUUGUUGAGGCCACAUUCUACAUUGGACUUGCAAUAUUUCUGCUUGUGACUGAUCGCGUCCAGAGGCCAUAUUUGGAGUAUAGCUCAAAAAGAUGGGAUCUGAUCACCGGCCUCAGAGGAUACCGUCACUCUGCCGCCUUCACAAUGGGUUUGAAGAUUGUUGUUCCUCUCGCUCUUCUGUGGAUGACUUCACCAGUGAUUCCCAUGGCAACUGUUGUGGCUAUAACCCCCUUUUUAGUCGGCUGUGUUGCUCAAAUUGCAUUUGAGAGAUUUUUGGACAAGCGUCGGACAUCAUGCUGGCCCCUAGUCCCAAUUAUCUUCGAGUUAUUCAGACUGUAUCAGCUUACAAGGGCAGCUAAUUUUGCGGAGAGGUUGAUGUUCUCUUUGAAGGGACUUGCUUUGACACCAGAAGUGCUGGAACGAACUGGAGCUUUAUUUGCAAUGAUGGUAACCUUCCAAGCACUGGCGAUUUUGUGCAUUUGGUCAUUGAUGACGUUUCUUUUGAGGCUUUUCCCUUCUAGCUCUAGGCAUGUACUAGAAAACAAUUACUGAGUUGGAUUUCGGAAGAUUAUUGUAUGUAUUCUAUUUAGUUGAUAUCUUUGUUAAGAGUAACUUAUAUGCAAGCCUUUUUCAUAAAAAAGGUUGUAUACAUUUUGUGCAGUCCUGAACCUACAAACUGAAAGGCACUUUUUUAAUUUUGA